AUGAUAGGCCGAAUGGCCUCUUUCUGUGCUGUAUAAUUCUAUGAUUUUAAGAUGGCGAGCAAUAGGGGCUCAGGAGAGAAGGGGUUGGAGACCAGGCAGGAGAGAGCUCCAAAAUUUCAGGGCAUAGUGGCUGAAAACACAGCUGCCAGCGGUGGAAAGGAGGGCCCAAGGGACAAGAAGGAGGCCGGAGCUAGCUGAGCGGAGGCGGCGAUUGAUGGAGUGGGGAGUAAGCUGGUUUGGAGGUGCCAGGACAUGAAGGGAUUUGUGGAUGAGUGUGAGGAUCUUGAAGUCGAUCCAUUCUGUGAUUGGGAGCCACUUGAGUCUAAGGAGGACUGGCGUGAUGGGGGUACGGAGUUUAGAGUGGAGACCAUCCUGGACGAUUUCCUGCUCACACACUCGGUUUUCAUGCCGACAGACAUGCUGCUGCAGGUGUUACACAAACACUACUGCAUGAGCAGUUCACAGAGGGUUGUGAACGGCAAUGGGGCGUACGCCCAACUGGCCAAGCAGAACGCACUCAUGAUCGCCACCUCCUGGGCCGAGAAGUGCAAACAUCUCCUGCUGGAGGACGAGGUGGCUGUCAGAAUGCUGAAGGACCUGAACGCCAUUGCCAGGAAGGAGGUGCGAGUCUAUCCUGACCUGGAGAGAGAAGUGACCAAACUACAGCACCUGCUGGACACGGUGGAGAGCAGACCGGCCGAAGCAAGCAGCUACUUGCGGAAGAAAAAGGUCAAGCCACUGUUUCGUCACUUCAGCAGGACGAGCAGUUGUCUGCAGCAGAGGGAGCCCCUGCGUGGCACUGACGAGAUUUUCUGCCAGGUUUACGCGACCGACCAUUCCUACGUGACCAUCAAGAGCCGCCUGUCUGCCUCGGUGCAGGAGAUCCUCCUGGGUGUGGCCGAGAAGAUGCAGCAUUUCGACUCGGAGAUAGAGCAGCGACCACCCGAGAACCUGCUGCUGGUCUCCAUGAAAUCCUCAGGGGAGAGAACAGUUUUCCGGUUGGAUGAAGACUCGGUGUUCACAACGCUGGGAAUUAACUCUCAUCUCUUCGCCUGCACAAAGGAGAGCAUCAGUUUCCUGACUCCGCCACCCCCAAUCCCGUGUAUCUCGGAUGAAGGCCCCGAAAUAAAUGAAAUGAACAUGAUGGAGCUCGCCAAUCAGAUCACGGCUUUUGACUGGGAACUCUUUAACUGUGUGCAUGAGCUGGAGCUCGUCCACUACGUCUUCCGGAACGAGACCAUCCGGCGGAGGACGGCCAACCUGGAGCUGGUGCUGCAGCGGUGCAGCGAGGUGCAGCACUGGGUGGCCACCAAGAUCCUCAUGUGCGAGAGGUUGGGCAAGCGGGCGCAGGUCCUGAAAACCUUCAUCAGCAUCGCAGCUCUCUGCAGGGAGAAGCAGAAUCUCUUCUCGUUCUUUGCGAUCGUCAUGGGGCUGUGUAACGCAGCUGUCAGCCGCCUGUCCCUCACCUGGGAGAAACUGCCGGCAAAAUGCAAAAAGGUAUUCCAGAAAUUCGAGAGUUUAACGGAUCCUUCACGCAAUCACAAGUCCUACAGAGAUGCCAUUUCCAGAAUGAACCCUCCUCUCAUUCCUUUCAUUCCCCUUUUGCUGAAAGACAUGACCUUCAUACACGAGGGCAACAAAACCUUCCUCAACCAGCUGGUCAACUUCGAAAAAAUGCACAUGGUGGCGGAGACGGUGAGGAGCAUGAGGCGGUACCGAAGCAGCCCACUCCGGAUGGAAUCGGAUCUGGCUCCGAACCACAUCCAGAUUAAAGCUUACGUCCGUCAGCUCCAGGUCAUCGACAACCAGCAGCUGCUGUAUGACUUGUCGUACAGGCUGGAGCCCAAGGACCCCUGAGGGACAGAGCUUCCUCACCCUCGCUCUACCCCCCACCACCACCACCACCAUUCGGUCUGCAAUGCCGGUUGAGGGCAUUGGAAGUGUAUGUGGCUGUGUCACGACUGAUCUCGUUCACUCGCUGAGGGGGCGACCACGGCUUGCACGUCGGUGGAUCCGACAGAAACAAAUCCCGUCAGAAUCUCAUCCCGUUGCUUUCUCCCUCACCUGCUCCCCGAGAACCCACGUCCCAUCCUAGACACACGAUCGCACCCUAAAUAACUGCGCUGAGCGAGGCCUGUGGUGUGUGUGCACGCGUGUGGGUGCAUGCGCAGCUGUCUGCCGUCUGUGUGCGCGUGUGUACCUAGUUGCCUGUAAGGGUGUGUGAGUGUCAUACGUGUCUCGUCUGUGUGGGUGUACGUUGUUGCG